UUUCUGGGAUGAAGUUGAGUAGCCAAGUACAUAGCAACUAGACCCCACCCUGAUCAGGAUCACCCCAGGAGUUCCAAGGCCAGCCCACCCCCAAGAGUAGAACUUUGAUGAGAAAAAGGGUGGAUGCUGGCCCUAAGCACCCUUAUGCAGGGUAAAGGCUGUGGGUUGGGUUGGGGCAGAAGGCAGCUGCCAGUUUGCUGUUAUCCCUCAGCGUUCUAGGAGGCUCCCAAGCCAAGAGUCAGACAACUCCCCAGCUUCUUGGUGGUUCUUUGCUGGCUGUCAGCCCGAUUGCAUAGGGGUAGGAUAAACCCACACAGGGCUGGUUUGGGGCAGGCAGGCAGGUGGGUAGUGAGUGGUGUAGAAGCAAAAGUCUUGCACAGUCUCAGCAGAGGACUAACAAGAUGGUAGCAUUCUUUGCCAUUUCCUGAUGCCAGAAAUCUAUUUGGAGGCACCUUGACCAUUUCCUGGUUAGCAGACAAGGAGGUGUUGAAAUGGAGAGGCUGACACUGGGGGUGGGUGGGGAGCUUGCACAGGUGUGGCUUGUAUUUAUGGUCCAGUGCUUUGGUCCUGCUUGGUUUCUAGCUGCAGUAGUUGGUCUGUUUUUAGUGACUGGGCACUGCUUCAGUCUUGUGAGCCCACCAGGACCAAGAAAUAGCUUGCCCCAGCACUUGGGUAAACCAGAGGACAAAACCACCCAAUACUGCCUCUGAUCUGUGGGCUGAGCAGGGGUCUGAUUUCCCACCAACAGAAAUGAACGCUAUUAGUGAGGUUUCAGCAGAGUCUGAUUGAAUGCUCCCAGACAAGGCUUCCCAUUGUUUGCAAAAGAAAAUAAAGCUUGCGUUCACAUUCCCCAAGCUGGGGUACAUGCAGAGCUCUGCCACUGGAUCCAGCAUCACCAGCAAAGCCAUCUUAUUUUUCCCUCCCUCUAACUCAUCCUCCACCUCCCCAAAGCUAUACAAAAGGAAAAUAAGAUUGUGGGUGCAGAGAUGGAGGAUGUAUUUGUUUUACAAAAAUAAAUCACCAUCUUCGGUCCAUUUGUAGACUGGAAUACUAGGAGCUAUGAGUGCGUCUCAUGGACCAGUGCCCUGGCGACAACUCCAUGUCCUCGUCACCCUGGGGCCACCCUGGCGCCCACACAGGACACAUCUCUAGCUCCAGUCUUCACUUCCUUCCUUCACAACUACUAUUCACCCUCUGGUGUUUAUUUGUCUGCAGAGUGCCUGGACACCGGAGAAAAAGAUUCCCUGAGCACCUGGAACCGGAGACCAUUCCUGGUCUCGGAUUUAAACAUCUUUGGAGGUCUGCGCGCGGCGGCCAUUGGCGGCGGAGUGUCACGUGACUGCGGGGGCGUGCCAAUGUGCUCCCUUACGGGUGUCAAGCCCUUGUCAGAGAGUGUGAUCACGAUCGUGAAACAUCGCGAUGCAAAAAGCGACCUACUACGACAGCUCGGCGAUCUACGGUGGCUACCCCUACCAAGCAGCCAAUGGGUUCGCUUACAAUGCCAGUCAGCAGCCAUACGCGCCGUCCGCCACUCUGGGCACGGAUGGUGUUGAGUACCAUCGACCCGCCUGCUCCCUCCAGUCUCCCGCCAGCGCUGGGGCCCACCCCAAAAGUCAUGAGCUGAGCGAAGCUUGUCUGCGCACCCUGAGCGGGCCUCCUAGCCAGCCCCCAGGCCUGGGUGAUCCACCUUUGCCUCCACCUCCUCCCCAGGCAGCGCCCCCAGCCCCCCAGCCUCCACAGCCCCCACCACAGCCCCCUGCACCCACCCCUGCAGCUCCUCCGCCUCCCUCAUCUGUCUCUCCCCCUCAAAGUGCCAACAGCAACCCUACCCCUGCCAGCACAGCCAAGAGCCCCCUGCUCAACUCUCCCACCGUGGGCAAACAAAUCUUUCCCUGGAUGAAAGAGUCAAGGCAGAACACUAAGCAGAAAACCAGCGGCUCCAGCUCAGGGGAGAGCUGCGCUGGUGACAAGAGCCCGCCUGGGCAGGCUUCGUCCAAGCGCGCGCGCACGGCGUACACGAGCGCGCAGCUGGUGGAGCUGGAGAAGGAGUUCCACUUCAACCGCUACCUAUGCCGGCCGCGCCGAGUGGAGAUGGCCAACCUGCUGAACCUCACCGAGCGCCAGAUCAAGAUCUGGUUCCAGAACCGCCGUAUGAAGUACAAGAAGGACCAGAAGGGCAAAGGCAUGCUGACUUCGUCUGGGGGCCAGUCCCCAAGUCGUAGCCCUGUGCCUCCCGGUGCAGGAGGUUAUCUGAAUUCUAUGCAUUCGCUGGUCAACAGUGUCCCAUAUGAGCCCCAGUCACCCCCUCCUUUCUCCAAGCCCCCCCAAGGCGCCUACGGGUUGCCUCCGGCCUCCUACCCUGCUCCCCUGCCCAGUUGCGCUCCCCCACCUCCCCCACAGAAACGCUACACAGCGGCGGGGUCAGGCGCAGGGGGCACCCCUGAGUACGACCCACAUGCUCACGGCCUGCAGGGCAACGGCAGCUAUGGGACCCCACACUUACAGGGAAGCCCCGUCUUCGUAGGGGGCAGCUAUGUGGAGCCCAUGGGCAACUCUGGGCCAGCACUCUUUGGCCUAACUCACCUCCCCCACACCACCUCGGCUGCCGUGGACUACGGGGGCUCUGGGCCGCUGGGCAGCGGUCACCACCAUGGGCCUGGGCCUGGGGAGCCACACCCCACCUACACGGACCUUACUGCCCACCAUCCUUCUCAGGGAAGAAUUCAGGAAGCGCCCAAGCUCACCCACCUGUGAUGAUGGGCUGGGGCUGCAAGCCAGGAGAGUUGCCCACCCAACCUUCUUUGGUUUCUUUUUCCUCUGUUUUGUUUUGUUUUAUGUUCUUCUCGCCUUUCCCCUUUCUCCUCUGCACCUCUCCCUCAUUUUCCCCCUUCGGUAAUGCGUUUUUAUAGUUUAUGUGACGUAGCAAUCUUGGUUGCUGGAAAGGCUGUCAGUAUCAGUAGCAACAUUUACUACCACCCCUCCUCGCCCUGGCCUCUGGCCCUGCACCCUCUACCCUCUCUACUCUUCGAUAAGAAACAGGGUAUAUGAACAAACUUUCUAGUCGAGUUUUCAAUGUGAAUUUGUUCAUACUUUAUGGCUCCCGAGAGGAAGCAACUGCGUUUUUUUUUUUAAGUUUUAGUUUUUAAAAUUGCACUUCUUGUAAUGAUCGAGAAAAAGAAAUCAAAGGCGCUUUGAAACAGGGACUCCCUGUGCAAAGUUGACUAAGUGUACGUCUUUCCGUGUGUGUGUGCUGGUGAACAGUCAGAUUUAUUUAUAUUUUUUUGCAAGCAUUGAAUAGUCUAAGUUUUAAAUAUUAUUUAUCCCCAUCCGUUCGUAUUUAUAUUAAAGAAAUUCUGUACCCUGAUUGUUCAGAAGGUUUCUUGAGCCUUUUGUUCAAUGGUGUAUUGGCAUACAUAUAAAAUUUAUUUGAAAGGGAAAUAAAAUUCCUUUAUAAAAACCGUAGCAAUGCAAUAAGAACAGAGAGGACCCAGAGUUUGAAAAUAGUGGUUUAGGUUUGUAACAUCCGGCAAAACUGAACGCUAAAAAUGCCAGAUUUGUUUUGAGAGUUUUACAUUCCUUGCUGCUCACAUUCUGAGAAACAAAACAAAAAAAAAUAAAGUUUUUAUUCUGAUUAA